AAAUUAGAAGGAGCUAAGCUUCUGUGAAUGGUUCAACUGUUUUUUAUUUUCUUUUUGCUUUUCAUGGCCGAUCAGGACUUAAAUGUUAUACUCAGAAAAGCGAGAAUGUACCAAGAGUACAUGCAGAUGGUUCCUCUCCCCACAAGGAGGUCCUCUAUGAUUCCUUGUAACUCAUGGAUGGGGUUGGCUGCAUCAAUGAAGGAGUUAUAUGGGCAACCGCUGCACUACCUGACCAACCUCUCCAUGAAGCAGUGGGAUCGUUUGAGGAUUGGGGCCAAUGAUGAAGACGUCCCAUUGGAUACACUUAUCGAUCCAGCCAAAGCCGAAGCAAGCAUUUGGCUUGUAGAAGAAAUGCAUAGGAAUACUACAUCUCCUUUUUUCAUUGCUAGGCUCUGGCAUGGUGAUCCCAUGUAUCAUGUUUAUAUUGAUGCAAUUUUCCCAGAGUUGAAGAAUCCAUCCAAAUAGAUUCUGCUGCAAAUACCAA